AUGGGGAAGGUGAAAAGGAGUUCUGCCAUCGUCAUCUCAUCGUCCGACGAUGAAGAAGAUAAAGACUUCAUAUUGAAAACCAAUUCCAGCUACUCGAAAUCAGUUCCAGUUAGAAGAACCCGCAAGAGGGUUAAUAGGACCCCACUUUCUGAUUCUCGUUCACGGGUGUUUCAAGACUCCAAUGCCGACGGUUUUGAUGUGAUUAAACGUUUUUGUGAGGAUUUUGAUCAAGGGUUCCCUCAGUUCAAGGCGUCUUCUGGUUCCAGAAGGAACACGGGCCUUUGGGUAGAUAAAUAUAAGCCUACAUCUUUGGAGGAGCUAGCUGUUCAGAGGAAGAAGGUUGAUGAAGUUAAAACAUGGUUUGAGGAGAGACUGAGAACUUCCGUGAAAAAUUCGUAUAGCAACGUUCUCCUCGUCUCUGGGCACGCUGGAGUUGGAAAAUCUGCAACUGUCUAUGCAGUUGCAUCUAACCUUGGAGCUCAAGUACAUGAAUGGAACACUCCUACUCCCACGAUUUGGCAAGAACAUCUGCACAACUCAAAUUCAGGGAUACGGUACACGUCAAAGAUGGAUGAGUUUGAAAGUUUUGUUGAAAGGAUAAGAAAGUAUGGAUUGUCAUCGAUGACGAGAACAUCUCCAUCAUCAAUCAUACUAUUGAUUGACGAUCUUCCUGUGGUAAAUGGGAAAUUUGCUUAUGGAAGACUCCAUAGGUGCUUGCAUCUACUUUUGCGAUCAGUUCAUCUUCCAACAGCCUUAUUGAUCAAUGACUACGGCAAAUCCGACUCUGCAGAGUAUAACACCCGCUACUGGGAAGAACUCCAGUUAUCUUUACUUAAUGCUGGGGCUUGUAAGGUGACUUUUAAUCCAAUCACAGUAAACUCCAUCAGAAGAACACUUUCAAAAAUAUGCAGAUAUGAGCAAUUUGAAGUGGGAGAUGAACAAAUUGAUCUAAUAGCGAAGGCCAGUGGAGGGGAUAUUAGAAGCGCAAUAACAUCUUUACAGUACUUUUGUCUGAAACCAUUUCCAGUGAAUUCUCAAUCUUUUUCCAAGAGCUCCGUGACACAUCCAGAAGAAGAUAUGGACAAGAAUAAUCAUUUAAAUGGUGGUAUUUGUUUGCCAUUCGGAAGAGAUGAAACACUGUCGCUAUUUCACGCACUGGGCAAAUUUUUGCACAACAAAAGGGAGUCUGGAAUUUUAUCUGAGCCUGAUAGAAAUGCAAUUCUUUUGAAGGACAAAUUUGUCAGGUUACCCUUUAAAAUGGAUGCUCCGGAAAUUGUGCUUUGUCAAGCACACGGGCAAACAAGGGCCAUUGCUGAUUUUCUGCAUGAAAAUGUUCUAGAUUUUGUGAAUGAGGACGCAAUUGAUGAUGCAUGGUCUGUCUCAUCAUAUUUAAGUGAUGCUGACUUUCUUCUUGGCACUCUUGGUGGGACUCUAACUCGAAACUUUGAAGCUGAGAAUAUUAUACAGUCUGCUGCUGCUUCAAUUGCUGUGCGAGGGGUGCUAUUUGGAAAUGCUCAUGCAGUGACUUCCAGAUGGCAUGCUAUUCGCAAACCAAAGCUCUGGCAGGCUGAGCAAUCACUACGACAUAAUAAGUGUCAAAUGGUGAGCGAGUGGAAUUCUAUUCAUAGUAGCUCGAAGUUAUGCAAGUUUUCAGUUAUAGCCACGGAAUUUAACCCCGCUCUUAACUGGCUUGGGUAUAAAGUAACCAAAGAUAGUGAGAGUCAGCAGGUUUCUACUGCAGUGAACAAUGGCGAAGAUGACUGCUUUGAUAAUGAUACUUGUGAUGAUGAAAUAGAAGACUGGUAA